CUCAUGUGGCGGGGAUGACAGCGACAUUGAUUGUCGUGGGCAACUUCCUAAAGAGAAAAAGAAAAAGAUUUCCUUAGAGAGGGAUUUGCAGCUCCAAAAUCCUACCCACUAGCGAAAUACCGGUAUUCAGGCAACACCGGACAACGAUCAGCCUGGAGGAAAAUAUAUGAUCUUCGGCUAACGUACCGAUGCAUUUUUCCAUGCAAGUUGAAGUCGCCUCGUACCUCCACGUUCUGCAGCAUCAGUUUCAGUUUUUCAUGUGUUUUACAACCCCCUGACAUCUUUACCAGAAAUUUACCACCAGUCAGGGUUUGAUAUCUCAUGACGGAUGCCGUGUUUAGCCAGGAAAUCUACACCGAGCAAGCGGUAGACAAAUAAGAGAAGCGAUUUCAAAAAGAACUCGGAAGUGGUCGCAUGCACCGAUAACGAAAUGGACAUUCCAGUAAUUAUAUUUCUCUGAUACUGAGUUUUUUAUAAACCAAUCUCCUUGAGGUUGUCUGAAUCAAAUCCUCAAUAUAAAGUACCUGGAGAGCCACUGGGAUCCUCAAUCCUUUCGACAAGAACCAGCCAGUCUACUAUUAUUCUUCCCCAAACACAUACCACCCCUUCUCCCACAAUCUUCCAUUCAAAAUCCAAAAUGAGCACCUCUCCGUACUUUGAUGGUUCCGUCGUCCGUUAUGACGUCCAGAGAGCCGGGAGGACUGGUGUAAGUUCAUACACAAGAGAAAGAGAUUUCCCCCGAGCAGCGACAAGAUACACCAGGGGGAUUAGUUACAAUUCAAGAGGUUCCGAUUAUCCCUACGACCAUUACGAUUUGACCCUAGCAGAGCAAAGAGAGCUAGAGGAAAUUCGGUUGCGAAACGAAUACUCCCGAGCCGGAGCCGCGACCGUUAUCACAACCGGGUCUCGGGGCAUGCGAGGCGGUAGGACGACAUACGUUACGUCCGGGCGGGCCGGUAUGGGCAUGCACCCAUCAUCGGGAUACCCUACUGGCAUCCGUACAGUCAGCGUCGCAGGAUCGAGCCCCCACAUCCACCGAGCUGUUCCAAGAUACACCGAUCAACCAGUCGAUUACGCAUACGGUGGUUAUCCCGGCGACUAUGAUAGAUACCCUGUCCAGGGUGUUCGUAUCCCUGCGAGCAGCAGCGGUUUGGUUCGUCGCUAUCCUACCACUUACGAGAAUCGACGGAUGAUUGGCGCUGGCUGCGGAUAUGAGACAGGGUGUAGAGAACAGGUGGUAGUCAUCCCCUCUCACAGGGCUCUUUCUCCUAAGCGCUAUUAUUGA